AUGAAUUAUGAAUACCCGCAUUCCAUUCAAUUCCCGCUAGUGGUAGCUCCAACCUGUUUUCGUAAUUAUGGACUUUGUCCUGAAAACUGUUCAGCGGGACUCCACUGUUAUGAUGGCGAUAUACAAGGGCUUUUAUACCACCUAUGUAUGAACUGUGAUACUCAUAACCUUUAUUUCUACCCAACAUCAACAUUCGCCUUACAGUUGCCUUUAAUAGCUGUACAAGAAUUACCUGUAAAAAAAAUUAUAUUAGUACUAAGCCUGUUGGAACAACUUAAAUUCCGACUUGAUAUUAAAGAUCAACAUGAAGGCCGGACUGUAUUCCUCGAAGCUUGCAGUCGAUUAAUGAAAAGAGAUGAACAAUAUGCAGCGGAAUUCCCAAGUUUAGUCGAUUGGUUUCUUUAUAGUAUGAAAUUUAACGUAAAUGAGAAAGACAAUGAAGGUUGGACUUCGUUACACUUCAUUAUGGAAUUGAAGCACGAGGAAUUCGUAAUUCCUAUUUUAAAGAAACUUCUCCAACAUGGAGCCGAUCCAACCAUUGAAGAUUAUAAUGGGUUUAAUCCUCUCGGAUACGCGGUCUAUAAACGUGAAUUAAGGAUUGUGCGAUGUUUAUUGGAAAAUAUACCAGAAUUCCAACAUGCAAAUAUUAUAAAAAGAGCCAUUUCUAAGACUGGUAUUUUCAGCGAAAAAAGAAAUUACUUACGUACUUGGUUACAAUCGCAAACUUAA